AUGUCCAUUCCCACUGCAUCUGAUUUUGAGGUUCUGCACGUCUUCCCAGCAAAGGCAUGCAAAGCUCUGCUGCAGCUGGCCACAAAAGCAAGAAAGGGGAAGCGUGGCUGCAUGCAAAUGCAGAGGCUUGCCCUCGCAUCUCGAGGCCGCAUUUCUGCUGCAAGCACGUCCCAGCCCGAAAGGCUUGUUUCAAUUGGAGGCGCGACGCCGCCUCCGGGCAGCCGGGCUGGUGGCGAGGGCCGCCCGUGCCGCGCUCCUCCUCCUGCGGCGCGCUCUCCUUUCCGGGGCCUGGCGCGGCUCCUCCGCCUCCUGCGCUCCGCCUCCCGCCCGCCGUGGGGCUCCCCUCCCCGCCGAGGCCGCCAGUUCCCGGCGCUGCAGGAGGAGGCGGCGGCGGCGCAGCAUGAGCCGGCGGCGUCGGCGAGCCUGGAGCGGGGCGCCCCGGGCGGGUUGCGCGCAGCGGAGGCGCUGAGCAUGGCUCUGGGCGGCGGCUGCGGGGCGGCCGCGGGCGGAGUGGCUUCGGCGUCUGGGGCGCCGCUGUGGUACCACAAGGACCUGAGCCGGGCGGCGGCCGAGGAGCUCCUGGCCCGGGCCGGGCGCGACGGCAGCUUCCUGGUGCGCGACAGCGAGAGCGUGGCCGGCGCCUUCGCCCUCUGCCUGCUAUUCCAGAAACAUGUCCACACCUAUAGGAUUUUGCCAGACGAAGAGGAUUUCCUGGCUGUGCAGACGUCUCAGGGGGUCCAGGUGCGCCGCUUCAAGACCUUAAGCGACCUCAUUGCCUUAUACCUGCAGCCGAACCAGGGCCUCGUCUGCACCCUCCUCUUCCCUGUGGAGCGGGAGAAGGAGAAGGAGUACGUGGAAGACAGGGACUAUUCAGACGGGGAAGAUGAGAAGCCCCCGUUGCCUCCCCGCUGUGGAUCCACCAGCAUUUCUUUUGGCAGCGCCACCGCUGGCGGGGCUAGCAACACCCCUGCGGUGCAGGACGGAAUCCUUGAAAGCACCACCAACGGCCUCAGCACCGUUUCCCACGAAUACCUGAAAGGGAGCUACUCCCUGGAUCUGGAGGUGGUCAGAGCCGGAGCCAGCAGCCUGCCCCACCUCAACAAGACGCUCGUGGCCUCCUGCAAGCGGCUCCACAGUGAGGUGGACAAAGUCUUGUCUGGCUUGGAGAUCCUCUGCAAGGUGUUUGACCAGCAGAGCUCUUCCAUGGUCUCCCGCAUCUUGCAGCAGACAGCUGGCCAGACGGGGGAGCAGGAACUGGAGAGCCUUGUGCUGAAGCUGUCCGUCUUGAAGGACCUUCUGUCCAGCAUCGAGAAGAAGGCCUUGAAAGCUCUCCAGGAUAUGAGUUCCACCCCACAGUCUGGACUCGGCCAGCCUUCGUCCCGAAAAGCGAAGAGCUUUCCUGUGCAAGCCUUUGAGGUGAAGCUGGACCUGACCUUAGGUGACCUCACCAAGAUCGGGAAGUCCCAAAAGUACACCUUGAGCGUGGACGUGGAGGGCGGGAAGCUGGUGGUGCUGAAGAAGCAGAAAGACUCUCAGGAAGACUGGAACACCUUCACCCAUGAGAAGAUCCGCCAGCUGAUAAAGUCCCAGCGGGUGCAGAAUAAACUGGGGAUCGUCUUCGAGAAGGAGAAAGACAAGACCCAACGGAAGGAUUUCAUCUUUGUGAGCGCCAAGAAACGGGAGGCCUUUUGCCAGCUCCUGCAGUUGAUGAAGAACAGACAUUCCAACCAGGACGAGCCAGACAUGAUUUCCAUCUUCAUCGGUACUUGGAACAUGGGCAGCGUGCCGCCUCCCAAGAACAUCAACUCGUGGUUUGCCUCGAAGGGCCUCGGCAAGACGCUGGAUGAAAUGACGGUCACCAUCCCCCACGACAUCUACGUGUUUGGCACCCAGGAGAACUCCCUGGGGGACAAGGAGUGGGUGGACUUCUUGCGGGGGGUCCUGAAGGACUUCACGGAGAUGGACUACCGGCCGAUAGCCAUGCAGUCCCUCUGGAAUAUUAAGAUUGCUGUCCUGGUGAAACCGGAACACGAGAACCGGAUCAGCCACGUCAGCACCUCGAGUGUGAAAACGGGGAUUGCGAACACUCUAGGCAACAAGGGAGCUGUCGGGGUGUCUUUCAUGUUCAACGGCACCUCCUUUGGCUUUGUCAACUGUCACCUCACCUCGGGCAAUGAGAAGACAGCCAGGAGGAACCAGAAUUACCUGGACAUUUUGCGCCUCCUCUCCCUGGGCGACAAGCAGCUCAGCUCCUUUGACAUCUCGCUGCGCUUCACCCACCUCUUCUGGUUCGGGGACCUUAAUUACCGUCUCGACAUGGACGUUCAGGAGAUCCUCAACUACAUCAACCGGAAGGAGUUUGAGCCGCUGUUGAAGGUGGACCAGCUCAACCUAGAGAAGGAGAAACACAAGAUCUUCUUGCGAUUCAGUGAGGAGGAGAUCACCUUCCCUCCCACGUACCGCUACGAGAGGGGAUCCCGAGACACCUACGUGUGGCACAAGCAGAAGCCCACCGGGGUGAGAACCAACGUUCCGUGGUGUGACCGCAUCCUCUGGAAGUCCUACCCAGAGACCCACAUCAAUUGCAACUCUUACGGGUGCACGGAUGAUAUUGUGAGCAGCGACCACUCCCCUGUCUUUGCGGCGUUUGAAGUUGGAGUGACGUCUCAGUUUGUUUCCAAGAAAGGACUUUCCAAAUCUUCGGACCAGGCGUACAUCGAGUUCGAGAGCGUAUGAGGCCAUCGUGAAGACGGCGAGCAGGACAAAUUCUUCAUCGAGUUCUACUCACAUGCCUAGAAG